GGGGCACGGGGCUGCCGGCGCGGGGCGGGCCGCGGCCGUAGGGCGAGCGGCUGCCGGAGGCCCGGCCCGCCCCUGCGCUGUGGCGGCGGUGCGGCGGGCUCGCUGUGCGCCGAAACAAGUGAAAAUGUCUCAGAAUCCCCACAAGGCGCCUUCAAGCGAAGAAAAGUUGAGUGCUUCGGAGGACGAUCAAGAGAACGUGGACAACUCGGAGCAGUCUGUCAGGAAAAGAAUACGGCAGAGUGUUCCAGGUUCAUACAGAGAUGAUACACCAAAGUCUAGCCCUCCUCGGCCUGUGUCAGUAGAAGAGUUAAUGGAAACAGCCAAGGGAGUAACCAACAUGGCACUAGCACAUGAAAUUGUUGUUAAUGGAGACUUCCAGAUCAAACCAGCUGAGUUACCAGAACACAGCUUGGAAAAAAAAGUAAGAGAGAUUGUGCACAAAGCUUUCUGGGAUUGCCUGGAAGCUCAGCUGAAGGAAGAUCCACCGACAUAUGACCACGCAAUUAAACUAUUGGGAGAAAUUAAAGAGAAUCUUCUGUCUUUUUUAUUGCCUGGUCAUACAAGAUUAAGAAACCAGAUUACAGAAGUUCUUGAUCUGGAUUUGAUAAAACAGGAGGCAGAGAAUGGGGCUCUGGACAUUGCUAAGCUGGUAGAAUUUGUUAUUGGAAUGAUGGGGACUCUUUGUGCUCCAGCUCGUGAUGAAGAAAUUAAGAAACUGAAAGAUAUACGUGAAAUAGUUCCUCUAUUCAGAGCAAUUUUCUCUGUAUUAGACCUAAUGAAAAUGGAUAUGGCAAACUUCGCUGUCAGUAGUAUUCGGCCAAAAUUAAUGCAGCAGUCUGCCGAAUAUGAAAGAAAGAAGUUUCAGGAGUUUCUUGAGAAACAGCCAAAUUCUUUAGACCUCGUCACAGACUGGUUGCAAGAAGCAGCAGACGAUCUUGCAAAGCUGAGAUAUAAAAAGUUACCUCCCCCCAGCGGUGCUGCUGGUGCUGCUGGUGGAGCUUCUGCAUUGUGCUCCACUGCCAUACAAAACCAGGCCUAUCUGAAGCUGCUGAAGUGGGAUCACAUAAACAGGCCUUUCCCAGAAACAGUGCUCAUGGACCAGAGCCGCUUUCAGGAAAUACAGCUGGAACUGGAGCAGCUCCUCGUGGCUGGGACCGUCCUUUUGGUCACGUUCAGUGCAGCAGGUGCGGCUCUCAUCGAUGUGCCUGGAUUUGCCGAGAAAAUCAAAACCAUUGUCAAGGUGCUGCUGACAGGAAUGCAUCUUCCCUCCUUUAACCUGAAGGAGUCUUUGGCUACCAUUGGUGAAAAGGUGUGCGCUGAAGUCAACAGCUGCCUUUCCCAGCAUGGCUUUGCACCGUUCACAGCUGAGAGAGAGACUGUGCUGAAAGGACAGAUCCAAGCAGUGGCCAACCCUGAUAACACCAUCUGUAAACUAAUAGAUUCUCGAAUUCAGAAGUUUCUGGAGAAUUAUCUUGCAUCUAGUCACCAGAAAGCGGUACCGACUGUUCCUGGAGGAUUAGGCCCUAUUCAGAGAGAGCUGGAAGAGAUUGCUGUCAAGUACGUUCGCCUUGUCAACUACAACAAAAUGGUCUUCAGUCCUUACUAUGAUGCUGUUCUUAGCAAAAUACUGACUAAGGAAGAACCCCAGCUUGUAGGGAAGUCAGAAGAAUUGUGAACACAGUUUGUGUGUACCAAUGCAGUGUUAAUUUUGUCAGCUAUUUUGAAAAAUUGCACCAAUAUUUGUCUAGGAAAACAGCUCUCCAUGUAAACACUAUUUUCCUUUUAAAUCACUAGUGCUGACCGAUGAGGAAAACGCAUGAAUUGCAAUAGGGAUUCUGAGAUAAAUGAUGAAGGAGAGAUACAUUUUUAAUGUAAGCAUGCAACUUCUGUGAGGGAGUGUCAUGGUAGAUUUCUGGCUGCAAUUUUUAGAUUUUCAGGCAGGUGCUACAUAGGAAAAGUUGAACAACCAAACCUUGUUUUUAAGUGGCUCAUUUUAGGGCUUAUUAUUCUAAUUUAUCAUGAAUUUAGUUUCACUCAUCCACAGCAGGUUAGCAGUGGUCCUUCCCUUCAGGGGUCAUGUGGCUUUAAAAAGAUCUUAAUUUAAAGACUUAAGUAAGCUAAACCUCUAGGUAAGAGAAACUUUAACAGGCAAAAAACAAAGCCAAACAGCACUUUACUGUAACGUUAUGGCUCUUGUGGUAGGCUACUAGGUUUUUCGUUCAGCAUUUUUCUGCAUUUUAAUAGCGUUUUUUUGCUGUUUACCUGCAGAUGUUACAAAAACAAUAUAUUUUUGUAGCAUAUUUUCUGGUUAUUGGGUAACUGUCCUCUGCUUUGUACAGUACUUAACAAGGUGGCAAUCUUAUAGAUUGCAGCUGUAUUUAUCUCCUGUAAAGACUUGAGAAAGGCAGAGCUGAGAUGUUUUGAUAAAAGUGGCAUUUCUUACCUUUUUUUUGCUAGUAGUUUACUCCUUUUUAUGUGAAAUAGUAAUUUUGAAGUAAAUCUUUGUCAUUUACAGAAGGUGGGUUUUAAGCGUGUUAAACUUUAGGCCGAAACUUCUACUUGUUUUUUAAAACUAUAACUUGAGAUGGUUGCAUUUUCAAUCACGUCUUCAAAGAUAUCCAAGUGCAGAGCACUAUCAGAAGUGUAAGUGAAUUUUAUUGAUAGUGGGAAGUGCAUUAUUUAAUAUUAGUUUGAAUGCACAAGGAAUAUUUUCAAUAGAAGAUUUUUCUUUUUUACAUUACAGAGGUGUUCUUGAAACCUUAAAUAUUUAAGGUCUUGAAUUUCAUUAGUUACGUGUUGUAUAGAUGUGUGUUCACAGAAGAGCUCAAUGAUCUUACAGCCUUAUUGCAAUUUUAAACUCGGCUAGGAGGUAAGUGCAGUUCAAGUUUUCCUCUAGCUAUUGAGUGCAGUGCUGCAUUACAGUAAUAAAAAGUUUGAUGAAUUUAUGAAAACAAAGUUCAUAAUUAAACAGUAAGCGUCCAAAACACUAGACUCUGUAUCCAAAGCAGAAGGUUGUCUUCUCUAAAAAAAAAAAAAAAAAAAAAAAAGUUAUGUAAAAUGAAUAAACGGCCCUUUUAUUGCUGACAUCCAGGUUCAUUUUAUUAAUUGUCUAGUCAACCUAAGUAACAGCCCAUCUAGAAGAAAGCGCUGGAAUAUGAAUCAGUGUCAAUGCUUUCUUCUAAAAGUCAGCAGGGACAUAGCUGCUUUGAGUUUGGAGGCAGAUGGGUUAAGCAAGAGCUUUUGUUCUUCUAUUAGCCUGUGCAACUAUAAUGUGUUUUUAUUUCUCAUUCAUUACAACCCUGCAUUUCCCAAGGGGGAAAAAAAAAGCCAGCAGAACUCUGUAGUAAGAGAUCACAGCUGAAACAAGUGAUUCUUUUCCCUUGGCUGAGUUGACUCAAAUAGCGUGGAUGCCUGUCUUUGCCUAUGUCUUUGGUAACUCAAAAAGGAAUAGGCUGGUUAGCCAGCAAAAAGGGGAGGGAUUUUUUGCUACAGUCAAAGGAUACUACAGAAGUCUUCAAGGUUGCUGCAUCUGCUUACUGCACUUUGUUAUUAGUGCAGAAUCCACCUUGAAAUACAAUCUCUAGCUCUGCAGCACCAAAAAAUUAAUUCACUAGUCUGGGUAACAAAGGAGCUACCCAAAACAUGAUUUCUGCAGUUUAUAAAAACAACACAAAGCAGAAAAACCUGCUCUCCUUUUUGUAAAUGAGAGUUGCUGAAGUUCAGAAAUUGCUGCUGUUAUUUUACGUUCUACUGUUCCCUAGAGGCUGCUUUUAAAGGCCCCCAAAUUAAACACAGAACAAGCUGGACGUUGUUACGUGCUGGUCUCAGGGAUGUGGGGAGGAACAGCACGGUGCUUAGAAAAGCUUUUGAAAAGAAUGUGACUGAUGGCAGAAUGAGUGGGACUGAGUUAGGAACAGACAGAAUGGUGCUUACUUGAUCUCGGCAGUGAGUGCUCCCAGUCCGUGACUGCCAACUCCAGCUUGCUGUGACAGCGAAGCAUGGGUUGUGCUGCUGCUCAUGCAUGCGUGUUGCUCGCUGGGGCCACUCAGUAAGUCUGACUCUUCUCUCAGUGGUGGCCUGUCCUAGGGCUUAGCGUAGGAAGAAGUGCAGUGCUCACAGCUGGCUCCGGGCUCGCCUUUGGGUGUUACACACUGUAAAACUGGAGUGCCUCAGUGUCUUUAAGCUUCUGUAGUUCUGUCAACAGGAAAAGAUCUCCAAGAAGCUGCAAGAAAUACCCAUGAUAAUCACACGAGUGAUUUUUCCAGGUCCUUUUUUAAGGAUUGUCAUUGUCAAGUAGUUUCUCCACAUUGUCUUAAAAAGCAAUAGGCAGAUGUAAUUAAGCGAUGAAGCAAAAAAAAAAAAUGCUAGGAUGGAUGAGGCCACUGUACCUUACCUCCAUGUCAGUAUUUAUAUGGGUAUACACGUGCUGUUCCAUCUUUCUAGCCUGGUAGACGGGAGCGGUGACCUACAGUUGUCUCUACUGCUGGUGGUGGGAACGUCCUUCAGCUUGUCUGAAUACCUUAAUUCCCUGUCCUUCACGGGGGUUCUUGCGGUCUCAGGAGAGCACAGUGCUGAAUAGUCAAUUAGAAAUUAAAAUCUGAAGUAUACAUAGUAACUGCUUCAAAAGUUCAUAUGGCUUUUUUUUGUUAGCUUGUUUGAAAAUAACCAGUUAACCUCGGUAGCUAAUAUAUUGACAUUUAGCUUUGUACAUUAUUAAGUAGAAGACUAAUGCAGGUGUCCAGGAACAGACUGCAGUGGCUAGUACUCCUGGCCAGCCAACAUUGCAGACCUGUAACUAGUCUGUCUUAUGCUGGUGUCUUCUUUAAAGAGUCAUGGAAUUAAAGGUAUACUGUUUCCUCUAGAAAAACUGAAAAGAAAAGAAAGCUAAUUCCUGUAUGUACGCUCUGAUCAAUUUCCUGCGAUGGUUUCAAUUCUUGGUAACAUUGCUUUCCAAGUGGCUGAGUAAUAUUUAAAAAGUCAUUUGUUGUGUUUGAAUAAAAAUAGAAUGAGGCACGA